AUGAUUAUCGUAUCUUUGAUUCCACCAGAAAAGAUUAACAACGAAAACCCUGAUCAUUUAAUUGAAAAAAUCCAGAAGAUUUGCCCAGACACAUGUCAAAAGUUUCAAUCUUUUUUCGAGUUUUAGAUUAAGCAAGCUCUUUUCAGUUACGUGCGACACAAGAUAAGCUGGUGAUGGUGGAGGUUCCUGGCUCUGUCGGCACAAGUGCAAGCCUUUCCUUGAGAUUAGGUCAAACGGUGUUAGCAUUUGGGGCUCUACUCUUCAUGACCAUUGGUGUUCGCUUCUACCAAUUCACUGCUUUCUGCUACUUGGUGACGAUCAUGUCUUUAGCUAUACCGUGGAAUCUGACAUUGGCAAUGGUAGAUAUGUAUUGUGUUCUUCUCAAACAACCAUUUCAAAAGCCACGAAUCCUUCUCGCCAUCUCAAUUGGUGAUUGGGUGAUGUCUGUUUUAGCGUUGGCUUCAGCUUCAUCAACAGCUAGUGUUGUAGAUAUCCUGCGAUCAGACGAAUCCGUUUGCCCUCCAACAAUCUGUAACAGAUAUCAAUUUGCAGCCACAUUAGCUUUCUUGACUUGGUUCUUGUCUCUUUCUUCUUCUCUAUUCAAUCUCUGGUUACUUCCUUCUCUCUGA